AUGGACCAUAUAUUGCUUAAAUAUACUGAACAUAGCAAACCACAUGAAUCACUGACAAACACUAAUAUUAUUCCUCAAUUAAACAGGAGAGGAGGAGGAGGAGAAGGUCCUAGAAGUUCUGAAUCUGUUGAUUCACAUAGCGAACCACAUGAAUCACCAACGAACACUAAUAUUAUUCCUCAAUUAAACAAGAGAAGAAUUGGAGGAGAAAGUCCUAGAAGUUCUGAAUCUGUAGAUUCACCUGUUGUCAAUGAGAAGAAUGCAAUAAAUCAAUCCAAACAAUUUAAAGUAAUAUCCACUCCUAGAAUUAAACUUAAACACAACAGUAUAUCUGAUGAAGAAUUCAGAAUAAUUAUGACACGUCAUGGAGGGAAGACAAUGGAUGAUGAUAAUGAGGACAACGACGAUGAUCAUCAUGAUAGUAAUGGCCUUGAAUGUGAGUUUAUUCCUGACAUGCCAGACAUUCCUCUCAUUCCUUCUCGCAAACUUGUAGAAGCUUUAAGAGAAAUACGAAAGAAUAGCUCUAAUGAAAAUGCUGAACUAGUUACUUCCAGCGACUCAGAUAUGAGUGAUGACGAGUUGAAAAUAGACAGUGGUGCUGAUGAUGAUGAUGAUGAUGAUGAAGAAAUAGAUAACUGUUUACUUAUUAAUAUCGAAAGCUAUAUUUCUUCAACUACCUCACAUCAACAAACUCUGCCUAAUAAAACAACAACUGUUGGUGAAAUUGAAGUCGAAAAAAAUGAUGAUGACGUUGGUGUAGAAUUAAUUGAAAAUGACAUAAAAGUUCAUGAAGAAGUGAAGAGCUCUAAAACACCAGAAGUUACAAAACCACAAUUAACGCAAAAUGUUCAGCAACCACAAUUCCUGUCAAAUAUUUACUCAAGAUCAAGCUUAACUCAAAAUAAAUCUCCGAAAAAUCAAUCUUUGAAUGUACGGUACAGACCUUAUAAUAUUCUACAAACACCACAAACUCCACCACAAAAAUCUAUGGAAAUUCAAAAUAACAUAACACACAAUAGUCAGUUGUGA